AUGUUGGCUACAAGUGCUCGAAGCGCUCCAGCGCAAGCCACCCGCCUCCUCCGUCCAUCCUCCGUCGCGACACGCCCUCUGAAUACGACAUGGCGCAGGUUCGCAAGCAAUAGGCCGCAGGGCGUAGAAGCUCCACAGUGGUUUCGCAAUUCUCUUGGUGUGGCAGUUGCCGGAACUGCUGCAUUUCUAGGAUACUCCUACAUCAACAGCAAUAAAGAAUUAUGGAUCAACAGCCAAGUGGACUCCAAAAAAGGACCCGUCGACGCCAAUGAGCUUCGUGCCCAGUUUGUGCAGGAAAAAAGGAGCUUAAAGAGCCCCGGUGUCUAUACUUGGGGAUCGAAUGCCUACAAAGUGGUAGAUCCUGGAUCGAAGGACACUGAUAUCAAGGCGCCUCGACGUUUCAAGUACUUCAAUGGCCAGGUGUUGCGAGACUUCAAGAUCGAGGAGCGAUCCGGCGCAGCUAUUACAGAAGAGGGUGAUUUGGUUCAGUGGGGCAAGGGCUUCUCCGAGAAAGAGUUUAAACCAAGCAAAACCCUAGUUCGAGAGGGCUCUUGGCUUUCCCUUGGGCUCACGCAGUCAACUCUCAGCUACCGCCUACUGAAGCCUGCUCUGAAGCUUGGCGAAAAGGUGUCGUCCAUCAGCGGUGGCCAGCAACAUGUGCUCCUUCUUACGAACUCCGGGCGAGUUUUCGCUGCUGCUUCCUCGACUGAGAACUAUCCGACUCUUGGUCAGCUUGGUGUGACUGGGCUUACCUGGUCUACUAGGCCCAGUGGUCCAGCAGACACCUGUCACGAAGUAACAGAGCUCAAAGGAUCUAAGAUCACCCAUAUCGCGGCCGGUGACUACCAUUCUUUAGCAUUAUCGAAAGAUGGUCGUCUUUUUGGCUGGGGCGAUAACUCAUUUGGACAAUUGGGCGUUGAAUUUGAGCCUUCAUUGCCAUAUAGAGACACUCCUUUCGUCCUGCCCAUUAACAGACUCUACAACUCUCAGAAAUAUGCUACGCGGGUCACCAGCGUCGCUGCAGGUGGAGCCAAUACUUUUUUCACCGUCGACGCCACACGGAUCCUCGGUCCCGAGGAAAAUCCAGCAGAUGUUCGAGACUUGGGAAGAUGGAAGCAUGUCCAGGACGCCCCUACCAAGAUAAAGGACCUGAGUGGGCUCGGAGAGUAUGACGAGCAAGCGAAGAAGAUGGUGCCGAUCCGUAUCCGCAACUGGUCAACACAAGUUCUCUCAAAAAGAGUGAAUGACUGGGGAUAUGAGGCCUUCUGGUGGGGUGGUAACGAGAACUUUCAGCUGGGCACAGGCAAGCGCAGCAAUCAGCCUCGCCCAACGUACAUCACUGCACCUCCAGAGUCUGUAAAGAGCCCUGAGCCGGUAGCCCGAUUGCAGAUCAUGCCCCGACACAAGGGAACUGUUGGUAAACGGUCUGUGGAUAUGGAGCAACGUGUCGAAUGUGGACGCCAUGUAUCUGCUAUUUACUCUGCAGUUUAG